AUGCUAAAAGCAGAUUCGGACAGUACUCUGAAACGAAAGCCACUGACAUUUAAUGAUGAAACACUUCCAACAGUUUCAUGCAAAGAGAUAAUUUCAAAAGAAGUUCAAUCUGAAAAUGUUGGUGUUCAAACAAAAUUUGAGAUUAAAGUCACCGAUUCAAGUUGUCAAAGUGUAAAACGAAAAGAUCGAGAGAUUCAAACAGAUAUUGAUCAAAAUACUGGUAAUGAUGAAAUCCGUGUGGACUAUGGACGCUUAAACAAAUUUCUUGAACGUACGAAACUAUUAAUGUUCAAGUAUUUGGAAGAUAACAGGCGUCAACGACGUUUAUUUCGUCAAAUCAAAUUUAAGAACCAAGGAAAUGAUUUAGCAGAACCAUUAUUUACAUUAACAUAUCCAGAAAUACUUACUGAUAAAGAAAUUCAUGUGACAAGUUUAUCUUGGAGUACAAAUGGUUCGACUAUUGCUGUUGGGUAUGGUAGUUCGAAACAUGAAGCAUUAUGUAUUCACAAAGGUGCUGUAUGUACCUGGAAUAUAGAACGGUACAAAAUUAAUCCACAAAAACCAGAUUUUUUUGUUGAAACAAGCGCAUGUGUCACUUCGUUGGCGUGUCACCCGGAACAUCCGGCUAUUAUUGCUGCCGGAUUGUAUAAUGGAGAAAUUCUUGUUUGGGAUUUUCGAAAAGCUGAUGAUCCUUUAAUCGCUAAUGUCGGAGAAAGACAAGAUUUACAUCGUGAUUCUGUAUCAAGUUUAAACUGGAUCAGAGAACCAAAAGUAUCAAAAAAAAAAUUUAUACUUGUUUCUACGAGUCAAGAUGGUAAAAUCUUACUAUGGAAUCCUUUGCCGAGCAAAAAUACAUUAAAAUUAUUGGACGCAUAUUUUGUUUCGAUCAGUAGUUUAGCAAAAACAAGUUCAAAACUAUCGGGAAAACCAAUGGGAGUAACAUGUAUUACAUUCAAUACAGAAGAUCCUGAAACAUUUGUGUUUGGUUGUGAUUCUGGACAAUUGUAUAAAGGAUCACUGAAUUCAAAUUCUUUGGCACAUUCUCGUGAAGAAGGGUUAUCUGAAAUGUCUGUACAAGCAAAGAAUCCAAUAACAAUCACAUUCGAACAUCACGAUGGACCUAUUUACAGUGUCGAUUUUUCACCAUUUCAUCGUAAUACUUUUUUAUCAUGCGGUUUGGACGAUCAAAUUCGUAUUUAUUCUCAACUGCUUCCCCAAUCUGGUUUGUGUAUAUCACCAUCAGAAGGUUAUUUGUACUCUGCACAAUGGUCUCCUUCACGUCCAAUGAUAUUAGUAGUUGGAACCGAACAUGCAGGUGCACUUAUGUAUGAUUUAGAACCACAAUCUUCAUUGUCAAUAUCAUCUCUAAUACCUAUACAAACAUUGCAAUCAUCGGAUAAAAAAUCGGCGAUUUAUGCUGUUAAAUACAAUGUAAAAAGGCCAAAUAUUCUUGCAUGUGGUGAUGGUGCUGGCGCCGUGACUAUUUGGGAAUUGGCUGAGAAAUUUGUUAUUGCAUCAGACGAUGAAAAAGAGGCGUUACAAUCACUUGCCAAGAGUUUCGGAGAAAACUAA